AUGUCACGAUUCAAACCUACUCGUGCGUCGUCUCCCGCCAAAGCCGCCAGCGUGCCUGCCAUUGCACACGAAAUACUCGAUGAGUCGCGUUCGACGACUGCAACCAUUCCCGAACUCGCUGGCCUUUCACCCGAGGAGGUCGACUUCAUUGAUGCUGUUAUUCAACGUGCACCACCCACGUCGACCACAUUCUUGUCGGCGUUCAAAGCAUACAACGACGUCCUGCACGAACGCGGGCUCGAUCCUCAGAACGAGGUCGUGUACUAUGGGAAACUCUUGAAGCUUGGCCUUCUGAAAGGCAAGAACUGGGGCGACAAAUGGGACUCGACUAAGCGGCAGUACGGCUAUGUUCCUGGCACAGCUAGCGGUGGCCAGCGGACAACGCGAGUCGCGCGAGGUAGUCCUGCUCCCCAUAGGCUUACGACACGACUGACGAGGGGUCCCGUCAAGACUGAUCCCGAGGACACACUCACUCUUCAUUCGCACCUGAACGAUACGGAGGCACCACCGACAGAACCAGAGACUACCGAGAAUAACACCGCUAUUCCACAAUACCAUGACACACCGCGCCCUGCUCGUCGACCGUUUUCCCCAGCGGUGACAUCCGCUACCAACUCGCUGGGACUUCAUACAGGUCCUCCAUCGCUUUCCUACCCGAAACCAACACCCCAUGUCCCUACUCGACAUGUUCCGUCAUGGAACGAUGCUGAUUCCGAGGUGACUGGCGGCUCCAGCGUCCCACCGUCCACGAUCCCUCCUUCAUACGGUGCCGCGAUGAGGGAUGGCGCCUCCAUGCGUCCUGCUACCCAUGCUCUAUCUCGGCUGGCAGCGAAAGGCCUCCUGAGCAGACCCGCGUCCCCGUCACCUGCAUUCUCCGCAGCGCCCCCAGUCGUGUCUACUGCUACAGAGCGUCGUAAUAGCGCCAUCAAUGAGGAUGAUGCGUGGAAGAAGAUCAAGGAGGCGCAGGACCUCAAGGAUGCGGAUCGUUUUAGAGAAGACAAACUAGUAGAGCGUUGUUGGGAAGUCUGGAAACAGGGAUAUGACUGGAUUAUCACCACCCAUGAGCAGAUCGCUCAGGCUCGCGACACCCUCAUACUACGCUUAGCGCUGCAGCGUUGGCGACAACGAACCGCUGCACAUCAGGACAUUUUUGUGCGCGUAUGCAUCCUCUCCGAUAAACGACGGCUGAAGGCUGCGAUGGAAAUCUGGAAGGUCAAAGUCAAGGAGAAGAAGCAAGCUGACUGGCGAAACUCAAUGCGAGCAAGGAUGAAAACCGUCCGCGAGCGCCGGGAAACCAAGAUAAUGAAAGAUGCUUGGGCAAAAUGGCGGCAAUCCUACCAGUCGCACCUCUCCACACAACAUUACAACGAGCGCCUCGUCUCGAGGUGUUUGAAGCAAUGGAGAGCGCGACUGGCCCAGUUGGAUCAGCUGGAUGCGGCCGCCGAACAUCUGGAAUAUGUUGUGCAAGAGCGUCAGGCAGAGAGGUGCUGGGAUCUGUGGCGCAGGGCUCUGGAGAUGCGCAGACAAGAGAGGGUCAUGGCAGAGCGUGUUGAUAUGAGGAUCAUGGGCCAAGCAAUAGACGUAUGGAGAAAACGCCUACACCAGGAUCGUGUGGCCGAUGAAUUCUACGAUGUAGUAGUUGUGAAGCGGGUCUUCGGGGCUUGGAAAGCCGCCCGCGAUCGAAUACGUGCGCUCGAGACUCGCGCAGUGAAGCAUGUAGCUCGUCAAGAUGACCUCUUGAUACGAGCCGUCCUGAGGGUUUGGAAGGCGCAUGAACGAGGAAGGCUCCUCGAUCGUGUCAGAAACUCACGGUUACUCAAGCAAGCUUGGGCUGUCUGGAAGGCACGUAUCCAGAAACAAAGACAGCUGGAGGACCUCGCGAUGGCCUUUUACACGCGGUCGACAUCAACCGUUGCGUCAUCCGCUCUCCAGAAAUGGCGUGCAGUGCAUAGUACCCAUCGCAACGCAACAACCUUCGCCGUUCACUACCAUUCUGCGCAGCUGCAAUACAAAGCGCUCUUGACUUGGCGACUUCAGCUUCGGGCCAAGCUGAAGAUGAUCAAGCAGGCUCGCAUAGCUCAGAAGUUCUUCCUACAGAGGAGAUACUUCAAGCUUUGGUACAUGCGCGUCAAGCAGCAGCGGCUGGAGAGGAGACGCAAGGAGUUCGAGAUGCGCGUGGCUCAGCGAUAUCUCAUUGACUGGCUUAUGGUAGCACAGAAACAGCGACAGCGCAAGGUGGCCGAGGAGAUUAUUCGACAACGUCUUGACAUGCGUAUUAUGUCGGCCGCCCUGUCACAUUGGCUCAACCGCGUCGUCGACAUUAAAGACCGUGAGCUCGAAGUAACGCAGAUGCGCGACAGAAGAGUACAGAGCACGUCCUUCAAGAAAUGGAAGGCGUUGUGUAUACGGCAUGUCGAGGAGCUCAGUCUCAUGGAGAGCUACCAGGACGUCAAACGGGAAGAGAACAUGCGGCGGAUGUUCUACCGCUGGCUUGCGGCAGCCAGGAAGGCGCGCCACAGGCGGAUGUACCUACAGCAGAAAGAGGACGAGCUGAAGUCCACUGUUCUCGCGGCCACAUGGGACAAGUGGAGGGAACGCUUCCUCGAUAUCAGACUGCAGCCGGUGGCGGAUGAUUUCCUUGUACAGAGACAGAAACACCUCAUGUUCCGUGCCUUUGGUAUCUGGCACUCUAAGACAAGGUCUCUGCCCGCAGUGCGCUUCGAUGCGUAUCAUACGAAGCUCAAAGCAUGGAAAACAUGGCGUGACGCUAUGCCGAACGCCUUGCAAGCCCGGAAGGCCCGAGAGGUCGAUCGGCGUGCCGUACUCAUCAAGGUAUUUGAGAAGUGGCACAAGGCCUAUAAGACGAAGAUCGAGCUCAAGGCUGUUGCCCGCGCGCGUUACCUCCAUCUUCCGAUCGCAACCGCCCGGAAAGUCAUCGAGCGUCCUCGCACCACCGGCUAUCCCACCCGUAUGCGUUCUACGAGUCCUACGCUGGUACCGUCCGUCACACCAGCGGAUGCACCCAUUGCGCCCGCAAGACCGUUCGCCAUCAGACCUGGUAUUGCCAGCCUGCUCUCCGCCCGGACGAAGUCUCCCGAGCGACCAGGGAGACGUGACAAGCCCGUUCCUGGAUCUGCACGUCCGAAGCUGUCGACUCGCGCCAGUACGACGCGCGCGACGAGCCCCGCCCACUCGCAGGCGUCGUCGUAUGCGUUCGGGAAGGAGGCUGACCUGCCGAAGUCGCGCGCACGCGGGGGGUCGACUGCGUCGGGCGGUGACAUGGGGAGGAGCAGUCUCUGGCACGAACUGCGCGAUAUGCAGCUACGCUCGCGACCAUUCUCAGACAGGGCUCGAUCCAUUGAGCCGCCAUGA